AUGUGCAGUGCUAUGGGAACGUGGUUCUUUUCAGUAGGAGGCGCUCUGCUAGCAAUUCCUGUGGGGAUAAAGCGGAAAUCGUUAGCCCCACUGGUGUUCUUUGGCACGACGGGAACAAUGCUUGAUAUAAUAAUGGGCAUCAGUCAGUGUGAGAGAGAACAUGCUGAGCGCCUUGCUAAGCUACAGGAAGCCCAAAAUCCCGGUGCUGAUGUAUCUUCUGCUGAAACAUCAUCAUGA